AUGGAACAGGAGCUGCAAGGCCAGGAGGACACUAGUCGAUGCACAGAAGACCAUCCAACACAACUUCAUGCUCGCUCACCACCCGGCACUUGCAGCCACGUCCUCCUGGGGAGAAUGAACAUCGACAACACCUCAAGCAGCUCAGCCCCAACCACCCACAGGAAACACCCGCGAGUUCCCGACACUGGGUCAGGGGUUGAGACAAUGAGACAAUGGCCUGACGAUAAGACUGGAAACCCCACUUCCUGUAACCCCAGCUCCAGCACCGAAACGACACCAGCAACCGCUGCCAUAGAGAAGGAAAAAGAAGCAUUUGGUCUCCAGACACCACGACAGAAGAAGACCAACCUGACAGAGACCACCCCUACAGACAGCACUCAGACAAUCACCCGCCCUCACAAGAAUCUUCCGACACACAACACACGUGAAACAGGCCGCCUCCUGCAGUGGAACGUCAACGGACUGCAAAGAAAGCAGCAUCUGCUAACGGCCAAUGCAAGAACUGAAUGCAGAGACAUCAUAUUACUCGAAGAGACUCUUCUUCCUGAAAACGACACCACAUCAAUCAGAGGCUACAAGGCCUACCAGACGGAGGCCGAGGUAGAGGAUGCUCGAUCCUGCCCGGCAAGCGUAGGCUUCGACAUCAGUGAAAUCCGCGCCUCAUGCGCCACCACACAUGCCUACAUUGGAGGAGACUUCAACGCAUAUCAUGAGACACUCGGAUCCAGGAUCCGCAGCAGAAAUGAUCAUCACAUCGCAGAUGUCAUGGCCAACUUACCAGAAGCUAAGCUACUCAAUACAACUUCAGCAAGGAAGAACAGAGGCUGUGCGCAGAGGCGCUGCUUAGAGGAGGCGCCGACGGACACCCCUUUCACACCACAAGAAACCUGGAGCACACUCAAACCUGGCCGGGACGCGGCAGCGGGAGCCGACAAAAUCACUUACACCUUGAUAAGGGAAGCUGGAGAACCUGCCUAUGAAGAGUUACUGCGUGUUAUCAACGCCUCCUAUGACGCAGGCAAACUCCCCACAUCAUGGAAACAGGCAAACAUAGUCCCAAUACCGAAGCCAAACGACCCUGGAAGUCACCGACCCAUCUCCCUUCUAUGUUGUCUAAGGAGGACCGCAGAGAUGAUGAUGUCACGCCUGCAAUGGGCUGUGGGAGCCCCCCAUCAACAAUUCUACGCCUUCACCCCAGACAAAGGAACAAGAGACUGCCUCACUGAAAUGCUUACCACUAUCUCUGACCGCAAAACAACUGUCACCUUCAUAGACUUGGAAAAGGCUUUCGAGCUUGCAAGUGCUCCAGCCAUCCUCGAGUUCCUUGUAAAUUGCGAUAUUCGUGGCAAGUUAUUGAAGUGGACAGAGGACUUCCUGAGAAAAAGAUGA